UCAGCAAGAUGGAGGAUAGAAAUGAUUCAAUCAGCACGAAAAACUCAAGUUUUUGCUCAGUCACAAUUGUUAACAUCGCGCAGAAGUUGAUCGCGGAGAUCUUCGGAAUGUUCGUCAUCAUCGUUAUCGGGUGCGGGUCGGUCGUGGUGAACAAGAUGUAUGGCGCGGUGACGUUUCUCGGGAUAUGCAUUACAUGGGGUCUGGUUGUGAUGGUCAUGGUCUAUUCGCUUGGUCAUAUUUCUGGAGCUCAUUUCAACCCUGCAGUCACCUUGACCUUUGCUGCCCUGGGGAGGUUUCCUCUAAAGCAGGUACCUCUUUACAUAUUGUCGCAACUCGUAGGAGCAACUCUGGGAAGCUGGGUAUUGUUCUUGUUACUGAGCCCAGGACCUGAGCACUUCUACGGAACGACUCCGAUCGCGUCGGAUAGACAAUCCUUAUUUUUGGAGAUUAUAAUUUCUUUUCUUUUAAUGUUCGUCAUCUCCGCCGUGUCCACUGAUGCUAGGGCAAUAAGGGAAUUAGCAGGAAUUGUUGUUGGAUCUGCAGUAGUAAUGCUCUCUGUUCUAGCUGGAUUGAUUUCAGGGGCGUCGAUGAACCCUGCAAGAAGUAUAGGUCCAGCCAUCGUAAUGCACAAUUAUAAGUCUCUCUGGAUAUAUAUUUUUGCUCCAGUAAUCGGCAUGCUCGCUGGAGGUUUUACUUAUAACUUCUUUGGCACUAUGAUGGCUUCGCGGUCCGAUCGCAUCGAAGAAGAUACUAUAAGCAAGAUGGAGGAAGGGGGUGGUUCCUCCGUCGGCAUCGAGGGCUCGAGGGUUUGCUCUCCGACAGUCGUCGCCUGCAUACAAAGGUUGAUUGCCGAGGCCGUGGGGACUUUCUUCAUCAUUUUUAUCGGGUGCGGAUCGAUUGUGGGGAAUAAGAUAUACACCACGGUGACAUUUCCGGGAAUAUGCAUUGCUUGGGGCCUCGUCGUGAUGGCCAUGAUUUAUACAGUCGGUCACAUUUCCGGAGCUCACUUCAAUCCAGCCGUCACCAUCACUUUCACAGCCCUCAGAACAUUUCCCGUGAAGGAGGCACCGCUUUAUAUAGUAGCGCAGUUGGUAGGAGCAACUUUUGGAAGUGGGGUUUUGUAUUUAUUACUAAAACCUAAGCCCGAGCAAUUUUACGGAACGACCCCUGUAGGAUCAGAUAUUCAGUCUUUCGUGUUAGAGAUUAUUAUUUCAUUUUUAUUAAUGUUCGUUAUCUCCGGCGCAUCUGCAGAUACAAGGGCAAUUGGAGAAUUGGGAGGACUUGCUGUUGGCGCUACAAUACUAAUUGCCUGCCUUGCAGCUGGGCCUAUUUCGGGUGCAUCGAUGAACCCUGCAAGAAGCAUAGGUCCAGCUAUUGUCAUGCACAAUUACAAGGCUCUUUGGGCGUAUAUUUUUGGUCCGGUGAUCGGCAUGCUCGCAGGCGGCUUUACGUAUAAACUCAUCAAGUUUACAGAUAAGCCGUCUCAGAAUGUUACGAAAAAUAGUCCCUUCCUUAAAAACAUUAAUUCGAGUAACGAUGAUUAG